UUAUUUGUAUUUUGUAUUUGUCAUUAUUUGGUGUUUUGUAAAAUACCUAAUUGUUAAAAGGGAGCUUUUAUUUUCUACCUCCAAAAAUGAUAUUUAAUGGUAAAGCUUCAUUUAUCUGGACUCUAUUAAUAGUUUGUGGCCUUUCUUUUCUAUACUACAGCGACAUGGUGGCUGCCGAAGAUGAUUUACCGGUUUCAAAAUUAAGCCAAAAUGUUGGAGCUCCUACAUUAAAGUUUUUGUAUUGUUAUUCUUGUGGUUACCGAAAGAUGUUUGAUCAGUAUUCCCAAGUUAUAAAUCAAAAGUAUCCCUAUCUUCUUGUCGAUGGUGCUAACUAUGAACCUCCUGGCCUUUAUAUGCUUAUUGUUAGGAUUCUAGGAACUUUAAAAAUGCUAGCUAUAGUUUGUAUACUGGGAAGCGUCAAUAUAUUUAACUACAUCAAUUUACAACCUCCUUCGUGGUGGCAAUGGUGUAUUGAAAAUAAAAUAUACGCAUGUAUGAUGAUUUUCUUCUUAUCCAAUCUCAUCGAGGGCCAACUGAUGCAAUCUGGUGCUUUUGAAAUCUCACUGAACGAUGUUCCUAUAUGGUCAAAACUGGAAAGCGGUAGAAUUCCUCAACCAGCUGAACUUUUUCAGAUCAUCGAUAGUCAUAUGCAGUUUACAGAUACGAAAGUGGAACUAAACGGGUACGCCAAAUAAUCUAAGACUUUGUGUAAGUAGAGGUAUUUUUUCGUUCUAUAAAGUGAAAGUGCGCUGAUCAAUUUAGAUGUUUUAUGUUUGUGAUAUUAUUAUAAAAGGGUUUUCUAAAUAUUUCUUAAAGUUUUUUCUUUUGAUGUGGAGAGAAUGUUGUAGAAAGUAGGUAUAGAAUAUAAUCAAAAUCUAAAUAACUUUUUUAAGGCUAUAAUAUGAAGCAUUAGCAUUUUUGAAGAAUUUACUGAUAUCUUUAAUUGAUUCGAUAUAAAUAUUGAUAAUUCCAAAAACAGUCAUUUGAAUUAGUUUCAUUUUCAUCUGUUUUACUUUUCAGUAAGUACUGGUUUCAUACAGAUUGUGUCUUAGUACAAUAAAGUCUAGACUGCAUAUUGUAUAGAAUUGUGUAUAUAAAGUAAUAACUAAGAUAGUAAUGUUUGAUUUAUAUUUUAGCAACUUUAAUAGACUGUUAAAGAUA